AUGCAGCUGGAGAAGGACACUCUGCUCAGGAAGUUGAUGGAGGCUGAGAUAGAUGGGACAGAGGCUGCAAUACAGGUGUCAGCCCUCAGAGAGACCGUCACUAAGAUGAGGAAUGUCAGCACCAGUAGGAUGUCUGGGACUGAGUCUUCCCUCCUGGCGCGUCAGAAGGAGCUACUGCUCCAGAAAUUGGAGACGUUUGAGGCCACCAACCGCACGCUGCGCCACCUACUGAGGGAACCGCACGGACAUGAAGUACCGCUGGAAUCCACGAGGAUGUCAGAACAGAAAGAUGUACUUCUGAAGAGGCUGACAGACACAGAGGCAGAAAACUCACAUGUCAUCACACAGAAUAUUGUGGUGAAACUGCAAGAGAAAGAGCGGGAGGUAAAGCAACUGACUACGCUUCUGGACACAGAGAUGGAGAAUGCUAAGACCACAGGCAAACUGUCUAAAGUGCUGGAGUCUACUCGGGCACACUUGCAGAGCCAGUUACGCAGCAAAGAGGCUGACAACAACCGCCUUGCUGUGCAAAUCAAGAACCUGGAGCGGGUGGCCAGUCAGCAGCAGGGAGAGAUGGGUCACCUGCUGGAGCAGUUGCGGAGUCUGAAACUUCAGGCAGAGGCCGACAAAGAGGACCUGAAGAGGGCCACACGGGCCCAGAAACACCGGGCUGAACUCAGCGAAGAUACCGCCGGGCAGCUCAGCACCCAGCUACUGGAUGUGGAGAAUCAGAUGGCAGAGGCCCUAUCAGCAGCAGAGAACUGGCGUGGUCGCCACGCCCAGGAAAUGAAGGACAAGACUCAGCUAGAGAUGGAGGUCUCAGUCCUCAACAGCCAAAUGUCAAACCUGACACAGCAGCUCCAUGGGAGAGAGGAAAGGGCCCGGGCCGAGAGAGAGGGGCUCCUGGACCGCCUGCACAGUCUCACCACAGAGGGCACCCACGCCAGGCUACAGAACCAGAGCCUCAAGGCCAGGUUAUCUGCUGUGGAGGAGAAGCUGGCUCUGUCCCAGUCAGAGGUACAACAAGUCAAAGCCUCUGUGAAGCAAUACGAGAGCCUGGUAGACAGCUAUAAGACCCAGGUGGUGAAGAUGCGGGCGAAGGCGGACGAGUAUUGUGCCAGGCUGGGACAAACGGAAUGCGAGGCGCGGGAGGUCCGGGACCAGAUGGAGAGGGAGUUGGAGGUGGUGCGUAGGGAGCUGCUGGGCCGGCUGACAGAGCUGGAGGCACUGCGGCGCACUGAGGUCCUACUGGAGGAAGCUCAGGACAGGGAACACGCCCAGGAGAGACACAGCACCGAGCCGAAUUGAAGGUGGAGCAACAAGGCACCCAGGUGGAGCUGAUGAGAGUGAAGAACUCGGUGCUGUUGGAGGAGAACAAACAGCUGCAAAACCGUGUGGAGAGUCUAGAGAGGUCAGACAGUUACGGCUAUUCCAGAGCCUGACACUUGCAGUGACCCGCAUGAAUAUCAUUACACACUGAACAGUAUGAGUUUGUAUUUGUGUACAGUGUGCAUGUUCCUGUGUGUGUUUGUAAUAUGAUAACUAAUAUCUGGGGUGGAACUUUCUCUGGGGACGGGGGGGACACGCAUUUUUGUGCCCCCCCAGUUUUCUCAUUGAAAUGUGAUACAAAACGAGACAACGGUGUGCUUUAGGGCCAUGCGGACGCCUCCGAGCGGUCGUGUAGGCUGUUUGGAGUGUUUAUCCGACUAUAAAAAUAAAAUAAUAAUAAUUUUAAAAGUAUGUCCCCCCCCCACCAAAGUUGUGCCCCUGACUACUACAGUUGAAGUCUGAAGUUUACAUACACUUAGGUUGGAGUCAUUAAAACUCGUUUUUCAACCAC